CACCUUCCCAAACCUACUCACAACAAAAACCCACCGAAGUUUUACCCCGAACGGCAUAUUCAGAUUUCAGUGCUUCUAGUACCCGUUUCAUAGUCUUAUUGGGUUACUUUCGGUGUUUCAGCCCGGAUAGCUAGUGGUUUUCUAUAAUAUAAAAACCGCAUAAAAUGUCGAAACAAGAUGUCGAUUUAGAUUCUGUUAUAGAUCGCUUGCUCGAAGUGCGUGGAAGCAGACCAGGAAAGCAGGUUCAACUAGCAGAGCACGAAAUUCGCUUUCUUUGUAACAAGGCCCGGGAAAUCUUUAUCAGCCAGCCUAUAUUGUUGGAAUUGGAGGCCCCAUUGAAGAUUUGUGGUGAUAUUCAUGGCCAGUACUAUGAUUUGUUGAGACUGUUUGAGUACGGAGGCUUCCCUCCAGAGGCAAACUACCUGUUUUUGGGAGAUUAUGUUGAUCGCGGCAAGCAAAGCUUGGAAACGAUCUGUCUGUUGCUGGCUUACAAAAUCAAAUACCCGGAAAACUUCUUUAUCCUGCGUGGAAAUCACGAGUGCGCUAGUAUCAAUCGUAUUUACGGUUUCUACGAUGAAUGCAAGCGCCGUUACAACAUUAAGCUCUGGAAAACCUUCACAGACUGUUUCAACUGCUUGCCCAUUGCAGCUAUUAUUGAUGAAAAAAUCUUCACGAUGCACGGUGGCUUGUCGCCAGACCUGAACUCUAUGGACCAGAUCCAACGCAUUAUGCGGCCCACCGAUGUGCCGGAUACCGGUUUGUUAUGUGAUCUGUUGUGGUCGGAUCCUGACAAAGAUUUGACGGGUUGGGGUGAAAACGAUCGUGGUGUCUCCUUCACCUUUGGACCAGACGUAGUGUCUAGAUUUUUGCAUAAACACGACAUGGACUUGGUGUGUCGAGCUCAUCAAGUUGUCGAGGACGGCUAUGAAUUUUUUUCCAAGCGCCAGCUUGUAACGUUGUUUAGUGCACCCAACUACUGUGGUGAGUUCGACAAUGCAGGAGCCAUGAUGAGUGUCGAUGAAAGCCUUCUUUGCAGUUUCCAGAUUUUAAAGCCCGCAGAAAAGAAGCAAAGGUAUGGCCAUUAAGUCCGUACACCCAAGUGUCAAGUGCAUGACAUCCGUGCAUGCCUUGCUUCAAACCGAGUGUUGAGCGAAACAGGCUUAUAUGCUGUAAAGCCUAACCUUUUUGACGUUCUAACUACUGGUAAUGCUACCGCACAUACUGAGAACGUAUGUUGUAUCAAAAGUCCUUUACCACCAAUGUUUUUUUACAUACUGCUGCAAACAGGUCAAUUGUCGAAGAACUGAACUGGUUCGCUACUACUAGACGGAAUCUAUGUUGAGAUUAUCGCCAUAUACACUUUUUCCAUCAAGAUUUAUUCCAUAUUCCCCCUCCAAAACUCCUGACGAUACAUUGUUUCUAACCUACGUUAUUCCAUCGCGACAACGGUCUUCCGCCCAUCCGUGAACUUUCUCCUCUUUAUUCUCGCUAGUGUGCGUGUAGCCUCGGACCCUUUGAGUGACUGGAGAUGCUCUUCUUGCGGGAGCUAUUUGUGUAUACGCGGCUGUAUCAAACUGUGGUGCUACAUAAUAUCUCGUGUAUCUAUUCCAUCUUAAGGAACGGAGUGUAUUUUUUUCUCUAAUAACUUUGAUGGGAUAUACUAAUGCUUGUUUCUGUAGUCGCCCAGUAUACAGAUCGCUGACUGAUUCUCUUCAUACUGACUCAAAUUCUUUUGAUAUCGGUUCAUCGAACUGUGUAACCCUAAACAAAGGCAACGUGUGUAUGAUGAACAAAUACCAGCGAUAAUAGAACCCGUGGCUGCUGCUAUUGCACCACAUGGCCCGUCCAAUUUGCUCCCUUUAUGUGAGAUACGACAACUCUAAAUACAGUGCAUCCACCCAGAGGUCGUUGCGAGCUUUAUAAACAUCCAGCCCACCCUGUAAAGACAGAGAAAACCGAUCAGUGGUAGACGAGCACGACAGUACUGAAGCUGCAUCCAUUUACCCUCCGAUAUGCACAAAGAAAUGAAACGAUUCACACUUACUAUCUGAAAGGGACAUGUGUCGACCGAUUCUUAACACAGGAACACAUUUACAAAGUUAGAGUGCCAAUAUGUAUAAGGCCGACUUAAUCUGGCACAAGUGCAUAAGGGCUUUUUUCAUGAACAUUCGAAAAGCCGGGGGCACAGUGCGAUAGUUUAACUAAAUUUCACCUUAGAACACUCUCGAUUUAACAACCCCAAAGCUACACCCACUCGAAUUCAGCCAUAGAACGACAAGGCAAGAGUGGAAACAUCGUUGAACCAGACGCCUAUCACACCAGGCUCUGCAGGAACCAACAUAUAUUCACUGUUUAAGCGCUAGCAGCAGCAGUCUUGGCCUCAUAAAGAGCCUUCACAGUACCACGGUUGGCAAACUUUUGGUUGCGACGGAACUUGGCAUCACGGAACUUCAAAGAGUCGUAACGGUGCUUUUGAGGGCGCUUGAUGCCGUUACGGUGAGCCUUCUUGUUUUGGUUGUGCUAUUGCAGUUAGUUACUGAUGCCCGAACUUGUCCCUUAAGCCGUUUGACUUACAUUGGUGUGGUUCUUAGACUUGGCCAUCUUGGUUCCUGGGAGGAGGAUCGUAGCUGUGUGUGCCAGGUUAAAAACAGUUUCCAAAAAAG